UCCCCGAGUGGAAAGCGAGCACGGGGUCUUGGGCUGUGCGGUUUCUCCCAAACCACUACCUCCCCGCCUACCCUCUAGCUGCACGGAAAGACGACUUUCUCCGGCUUUUCGUGCGGCAUCCAGGUCCCCCUCCCUUCUUCUCCCCUCUCGGUCUCCGCCCCCUCGCGCAGAGGAGGCCUCGCCGCUUUAAGAGCCGGGGUAGCGAUUGACAGGCAAUAAACGCGGAGCGCGGUGCUGCUCUGGAGCCGCACCGAGCUAGGGGCUGCCCCGGGCGCAGGAGAGACAUUUCAGGGCCCUUGCAGACCUCACCAUGCCAGUUGCUGCCACCAACUCUGAGUCUGCCAUGCAGCAAGUCCUGGACAACCUCGGAUCGCUCCCCAAUGCCACGGGGGCUGCAGAACUGGACCUGAUCUUCCUUAGAGGCAUUAUGGAAAGUCCCAUAGUGAGAUCCCUGGCCAAGGCCCAUGAGCGGCUGGAGGAGACCAAGCUGGAGGCUGUGCGGGACAACAACCUGGAGCUGGUGCAGGAGAUCCUCCGGGACCUGGCCCAGCUGGCGGAGCAGAGCAGCACCGCCGCAGAGCUGGCCCGCAUCCUCCAGGAGCCCCAUUUCCAGUCCCUCCUGGAGACACACGACUCUGUGGCCUCAAAGACCUAUGAGACACCACCCCCCAGCCCUGGCCUGGACCCCACCUUCAGCAACCAGCCGGUGCCUCCCGACGCAGUGCGCAUGGUGGGCAUCCGCAAGACUGCUGGAGAGCAUCUGGGCGUGACGUUCCGUGUGGAGGGCGGCGAACUGGUGAUCGCGCGCAUUCUGCACGGGGGCAUGGUGGCUCAGCAAGGCCUGCUGCACGUGGGCGACAUCAUCAAGGAGGUGAACGGGCAGCCGGUGGGCAGCGACCCCCGCGCGCUGCAGGAGCUCCUGCGCAGUGCCAGCGGCAGCGUCAUCCUCAAGAUCCUACCCAGCUACCAGGAGCCCCACCUGCCCCGCCAGGUAUUUGUGAAAUGCCACUUUGACUAUGACCCUGCAAGAGACAGCCUCAUCCCCUGCAAGGAAGCGGGCCUGCGCUUCAAUGCGGGGGACUUACUGCAGAUUGUAAACCAGGACGACGCUAACUGGUGGCAGGCAUGCCAUGUGGAAGGGGGCAGCGCUGGGCUCAUCCCCAGCCAGCUGCUGGAGGAGAAGCGGAAAGCCUUUGUCAAACGGGACCUGGAGCUGACACCCACCUCAGGGACCCUGUGUGGCAGUCUUUCAGGAAAGAAAAAGAAGCGAAUGAUGUACUUGACUACCAAGAAUGCAGAGUUUGACCGCCAUGAGCUGCUCAUUUAUGAGGAGGUGGCCCGCAUGCCUCCCUUCCGCCGGAAAACCCUGGUGCUGAUCGGAGCCCAGGGUGUGGGCCGGCGCAGCCUGAAGAACAAGCUCAUCAUGUGGGAUCCAGAUCGAUACGGCACCACAGUGCCCUACACAUCCCGGCGGCCCAAGGACUCCGAGCGGGAAGGCCAGGGCUACAGCUUUGUGUCCCGUGGGGAGAUGGAGGCCGACAUCCGCGCGGGGCGCUACCUGGAACAUGGCGAAUACGAGGGCAACCUGUAUGGCACACGUAUCGACUCCAUCCGGGGUGUGGUCGCCGCCGGCAAGGUGUGCGUGCUGGAUGUCAACCCCCAGGCAGUGAAAGUACUGAGAACAGCUGAGUUUGUCCCUUAUGUGGUGUUCAUCGAGGCCCCUGACUUUGAGACCCUGCGGGCCAUGAACCGGGCUGCCCUGGAGAGUGGGGUGUCCACCAAGCAGCUCACGGAGGCCGACCUGAGGAGGACCGUGGAGGAGAGCAGCCGCAUCCAGAGGGGCUACGGGCACUACUUCGACCUCAGCCUGGUCAACACCAACCUGGAGAGGACCUUUCAUGAGCUCCAGGCUGCCAUGGAGAAGCUGCGGACGGAGCCCCAGUGGGUGCCUGUCAGCUGGGUGUACUGAGACUGUUCAUGUGGACCGCACCCCUCCGGGCUGUGACCCAGAACCCUGAAUCCAUCCCCUCCCCCAGCCAUGACCCCUAGCCCUGACCCUUAGCUCUCAUCCCUGGCCGUCUGGCUCUCCCUGGGUGAGGACGGCUCCUAGCGGGCCCUAAUCUGGCUUCAGCACAGGCGUGUGCACUGCCGAGGAGGUGGGUGUUCAUGGGGCACCUCUGUGCCCAGGUGCUGCCCACUCCCGAUGCCCACUGGCCACCAGAUGUCCCUCUCUGAGGGCCAGGCUGUGCCCAGGAGUGUGUCAGAGUCACCUCCAUAAUGGUCAGUCCAGAGAAGAGGAAAGCUGCUCUGGGACCCUGUGGCCAGUAGGUACACUGCCCCCUGCCACCUCU